AUGGAUUCCCUACAUCUCAGCAACGUGAAGGAGGCGCUUGAGUCGUACGCUGGCCAUGACGCGAGAGGCACCGAGGUGUCUGAGCGGCAGAAGGAGGCCAUGGCGAAGCUGUUGAAGCUGCCAAGCGUGAAGUUCCUUGAAUUAUGCGAAGACGUAAUAAACGAAAUAAACAACCGAAAUGGCGCUGAGGACGUGAACAGAGGCGCAGCGAUGUUUGAGAAGCUGGCUGGGCUGAGUGAAGCGAAGUUCAGGAACCUCGUCGUCGAUGUGCUGCUUGUUUUCGACUACCGUUUUGAAGAUGGCUCUGAGGCGACUGGAAGCAGCGAGAGCAUCGCAAUGGACGAGCUGGCUGUGGAACUCGCUGAAACAGCUGGAAGUCUCCAGGAGACGUACACGGCUGAAUCGUUCAUAAAAGAGGCAAUGCCCCUUGGCUUCUUCAACAAAGUCAUCGAAUACGUGAAGUACAGCAGGAAGUACAUCAAGCACGACGAAAUAGGCGAAUUCAUCGAAGGCGUAGUCGAAGACGAGCUGGAUGCCCAAAGCCUCCUCUUUCUUGAAACCGUGUCGCAUCCAGUUCAACUGUUUAAGGCCAUUGAAAGGAGCAAGGGAAUGGAUGAGGAGAUGAAGAAGGCAGCUGAGAGGAUUGCAGCAGCAAAAGAGGCUGGCGAGUACCAAGACGGCUACGCCCGUCUUGUUAGCUCCCUCAUCCGGGACAUUGAGCCGUUCAAGGAGCUCUUUGUCUUCGACGAGGAAGUCAACGAGUUUUGUGCAGUUCUCAGUGCGCUUCUGAAGGCGAAUUCUGAGCCAGUCGACUUCGAGUCGCUGAAGGAAACGAGGAUUCUGCCUGCCUUGGACUCCGUCUUGAGCAAAAGCAGCCACAUCAAGAACGAGGACGCGAACAACCUAAAAAUGCACAGAUUCCUGGUCGAGGGAAUCAGCAACCUCGGGUCGGUGACUGAGACACUGGCGCUGAUUCUGGACGUGGCUCGUGCCGUCCUGGCCAUCGCCCAGAACUCGGCAAAUAGUUGA